AUGGAUCGUCUGUCGGCUGUGGCGAAAACUGUGUCGGGGUGGGCCUCUGAUAACGUUUUGCAUCUUAAUACUGGUAAGACUAAGGCAAUAAUUUUUGGAUCGGAAUAUAAUAUUAAUCAACUGCAAGGGUUGAACUUGCCUGGUGUUGAGGUGCAGGACGGCAUCUUUGUCCCAUUUGUCGAUACGGUAACUAACCUUGGUGUGGUCAUGGACUCUAAAUUAACAUGGAAAGCGCAAGUUGAUGCGGUUAGCCGAAAGGUUAACAGAACCCUUUAUGGACUAAGGUCCUUUAGAUCCUGUACCACCGAGGCGUUGCGCAAGCAGCUGGCAUCCGCCCUUGCUGUUUCCCACCUAGAUUACUGCUCUAUAGUGUACCUUGAUGUGUCAGAGGAGCUCCAGACACGACUGCAGAGAUUGCAGAAUGCAUGUGUGCGCUACGUGUGUGGUGCUGGGAGGCGCGAGCAUAUUACUCCCUACAGGAAGAAACUGGGCUGGUUGAAUAUUAAGGAAAGAAGGGCAUACUUUGCAGCAGUACUAGUGUACAAAGCCUAUUGUAUGGGGCAGCCGCCGUACCUCGCGGCCCUUUAA